AUGGUGGCCCUGUCCCUAAAGAUUUGUGUCCGUCACUGCAAUGUGGUGAAGACGAUGCAGUUUGAACCUUCCACAGCCGUGUAUGAUGCCUGCCGGGUCAUCCGGGAGCGAGUGCCUGAGGCACAAACUGGCCAAGCUUCUGACUAUGGGCUGUUUCUUUCGGAUGAAGACCCUAGGAAAGGCAUUUGGCUGGAAGCAGGCAGAACACUGGAUUACUACAUGUUACGAAAUGGGGAUAUUUUGGAAUAUAAAAAGAAACAGAGACCUCAGAAAAUCCGGAUGCUGGAUGGAGCUGUGAAGACAGUGAUGGUGGAUGACUCCAAAACUGUUGGGGAACUCCUGGUCACCAUUUGCAGUAGGAUAGGAAUAACAAACUAUGAAGAAUACUCUCUAAUCCAAGAAACUAUGGAAGAAAAGAAAGAAGAAGGGACAGGUACACUCAAAAAAGACCGGACACUCUUACGAGAUGAGAGGAAAAUGGAGAAGCUGAAGGCCAAACUGCACACAGAUGAUGACUUAAAUUGGCUGGAUCACAGCCGAACGUUCAGAGAACAAGGAGUAGAUGAAAACGAAACCCUGCUGCUUAGACGGAAGUUCUUUUACUCUGAUCAGAACGUCGAUUCACGAGACCCGGUGCAGCUGAACCUGCUUUAUGUUCAGGCUCGGGAUGACAUCCUGAACGGCUCCCACCCCGUCUCCUUUGAAAAGGCUUGUGAGUUUGGUGGAUUUCAAGCCCAGAUACAGUUUGGACCUCAUGUGGACCAUAAGCAUAAACCUGGAUUCUUAGAUUUAAAGGAAUUCCUACCCAAAGAGUACAUCAAGCAGAGAGGAGCCGAAAAGAGGAUAUUUCAGGAGCACAAGAAUUGCGGAGAGAUGAGCGAAAUUGAAGCCAAGGUGAAGUAUGUCAAACUGGCCCGGUCCCUGCGGACGUAUGGUGUGUCCUUCUUCCUUGUGAAGGAAAAGAUGAAAGGCAAGAACAAGCUGGUGCCACGGCUGCUGGGCAUCACCAAGGACUCAGUGAUGCGCGUGGAUGAGAAGACCAAGGAGGUGCUGCAGGAGUGGCCCCUCACCACUGUCAAGCGCUGGGCAGCCUCGCCCAAGAGCUUCACCCUGGAUUUUGGGGAGUAUCAGGAAAGCUACUAUUCAGUACAAACCACAGAGGGAGAGCAGAUAUCCCAGCUGAUUGCAGGCUACAUUGACAUCAUCCUUAAAAAGAAACAAAGUAAAGAUAGAUUUGGAUUAGAGGGCGAUGAGGAGUCAACGAUGUUAGAAGAAUCUGUUUCCCCAAAAAAGUCCACCAUCCUGCAGCAGCAGUUCAACCGCACUGGGAAGGUGGAGCAUGGCUCAGUGGCGCUGCCCGCCGUGAUGCGCUCCGGCUCCAGCGGGCCCGAGACCUUCAACGUGGGCAGCAUGCCCUCUCCACAGCAGCAGGUCAUGGUUGGGCAGAUGCACCGAGGCCAUAUGCCCCCUCUGACCUCAGCCCAGCAGGCCCUCAUGGGGACCAUCAACACCAGCAUGCACGCUGUCCAGCAGGCGCAGGAUGACCUCAGCAAGCUCGACUCGCUGCCACCUCUCGGCCAGGACAUGGCAUCGAGGGUAUGGGUUCAGAACAAAGUCGACGAAUCCAAACAUGAAAUUCACUCGCAAGUCGAUGCCAUCACAGCUGGAACCGCCUCAGUUGUUAACCUCACAGCUGGUGACCCUGCAGACACUGACUAUACGGCGGUGGGAUGUGCAAUCACUACCAUUUCUUCCAACCUGACGGAGAUGUCCAAGGGCGUGAAGCUGUUGGCAGCCCUCAUGGAUGACGAUGUGGGCAGUGGGGAGGACUUGCUGAGAGCUGCGAGGACCCUUGCUGGGGCUGUGUCCGACCUGCUCAAGGCCGUGCAGCCUACUUCUGGAGAGCCUCGACAGACAGUGCUGACCGCCGCUGGAAGUAUUGGGCAAGCCAGCGGGGAUCUUCUGAGGCAGAUUGGAGAGAAUGAGACUGAUGAGCGGUUCCAAGAUGUUUUAAUGAGUUUGGCCAAAGCUGUUGCCAAUGCUGCUGCCAUGUUGGUACUAAAGGCGAAGAAUGUUGCCCAGGUGGCCGAGGAUACAGUCCUGCAGAAUCGGGUGAUUGCCGCCGCCACCCAGUGUGCCCUCUCUACCUCCCAGCUUGUGGCCUGUGCCAAGGUGGUGAGCCCCACCAUCAGCUCCCCUGUGUGCCAGGAGCAGCUGAUCGAGGCCGGCAAGCUCGUGGACCGCUCAGUGGAGAACUGUGUCCGCGCCUGCCAGGCAGCCACCGACGACGCUGAGCUCCUGAAGCAGGUCAGCGCAGCGGCCAGCGUGGUCAGCCAGGCCCUGCACGACCUCCUGCAGCACGUGCGACAGUUUGCCAGCCGAGGCGAGCCCAUCGGCCGCUACGACCAGGCCACCGACACCAUCAUGUGUGUCACUGAGAGCAUCUUCAGUUCCAUGGGUGAUGCUGGUGAGAUGGUGCGCCAGGCCCGGGUGCUGGCCCAAGCCACUUCAGACCUGGUCAAUGCCAUGCGCUCAGACGCAGAAGCUGAAAUCGACAUGGAGAAUUCAAAGAAGCUCCUGGCAGCAGCAAAACUCCUGGCUGACUCUACUGCUCGCAUGGUAGAAGCUGCAAAGGGGGCUGCGGCCAACCCAGAAAAUGAGGACCAGCAGCAAAGGCUGAGAGAAGCGGCUGAAGGUCUCCGAGUGGCAACCAACGCUGCUGCCCAGAAUGCUAUUAAGAAAAAAAUCGUCAACCGACUGGAGGUUGCAGCCAAGCAGGCCGCCGCUGCAGCCACGCAGACCAUCGCGGCCUCCCAGAACGCGGCCAUUUCCAACAAGAACCCGGCUGCCCAGCAGCAGCUGGUCCAGAGUUGCAAGGCAGUGGCGGAUCACAUACCUCAGCUGGUCCAGGGGGUGAGAGGAAGCCAGGCUCAAGCAGAAGACCUCAGCGCCCAGCUGGCCCUCAUCAUCUCCAGCCAGAACUUCCUCCAGCCCGGGAGCAAGAUGGUGUCCUCAGCCAAAGCUGCAGUGCCCACUGUGAGUGACCAGGCUGCUGCCAUGCAGCUGAGCCAGUGUGCCAAGAACCUCGCCACCAGCUUGGCCGAGCUGCGUACUGCCUCGCAGAAGGCCCACGAAGCCUGUGGCCCUAUGGAAAUCGAUUCCGCUCUGAACACGGUGCAGACCCUGAAGAACGAACUGCAGGACGCCAAGAUGGCUGCCGUGGAGAGUCAGCUGAAGCCGCUUCCAGGGGAGACACUGGAAAAAUGUGCUCAGGACCUGGGAAGCACCUCUAAAGCAGUGGGGUCCUCCAUGGCGCAGCUGCUGACCUGUGCUGCCCAAGGCAAUGAGCACUACACAGGAGUGGCUGCUAGAGAGACUGCACAAGCUCUGAAAAUACUGGCCCAGGCCGCCCGGGGAGUGGCUGCCUCCACCAGUGACCCCGCCGCCGCGCACGCCAUGUUGGACUCGGCUCGAGACGUGAUGGAGGGCUCGGCGAUGCUCAUCCAGGAAGCCAAGCAGGCCCUGAUCGCACCUGGAGACGCUGAGAGUCAGCAGAGGCUAGCUCAGGUGGCCAAAGCUGUCUCCCACUCCUUGAAUAACUGCGUGAAUUGCCUCCCCGGCCAGAAGGAUGUGGAUGUGGCCUUGAAGAGCAUCGGAGAGUCUAGCAAGAAGCUGCUGGUGGACUCGCUCCCUCCAAGCACAAAGCCUUUCCAGGAGGCCCAGAGUGAGCUGAACCAGGCAGCAGCUGACCUGAACCAGUCUGCUGGGGAAGUGGUCCAUGCCACCCGGGCCCAGAGUGGGGAGCUGGCAGCCGCCUCUGGAAAAUUCAGUGAUGACUUUGAUGAAUUCCUCGAUGCCGGCAUUGAGAUGGCUGGCCAGGCUCAGACCAAAGAAGACCAGAUCCAAGUGAUAGGGAACCUCAAGAAUAUCUCAAUGGCAUCCAGCAAGCUGUUGUUAGCAGCUAAGUCUCUCUCUGUUGAUCCAGGCGCCCCUAAUGCGAAAAAUCUCCUGGCAGCAGCAGCAAGAGCUGUGACAGAGAGCAUCAAUCAGCUCAUCACUCUGUGCACCCAGCAAGCUCCUGGCCAGAAAGAGUGUGAUAAUGCCCUCCGUGAGCUCGAGACUGUGAAGGGGAUGUUGGAUAAUCCUAACGAGCCUGUCAGUGACCUCUCUUACUUUGACUGCAUUGAGAGUGUGAUGGAAAACUCCAAGGUUCUUGGGGAGUCAAUGGCUGGGAUUUCGCAGAACGCCAAGACAGGGGAUCUCCCUGCCUUUGGAGAGUGUGUGGGGAUUGCGUCCAAGGCUCUCUGUGGACUGACAGAGGCCGCAGCUCAGGCUGCAUACUUGGUAGGCAUCUCUGAUCCCAACAGCCAAGCAGGCCAUCAGGGCCUUGUGGACCCCAUCCAGUUUGCCAGGGCAAACCAAGCAAUCCAGAUGGCAUGCCAGAACCUGGUGGACCCUGGCAGCAGCCCGUCACAGGUCCUGUCAGCUGCCACGAUUGUCGCCAAGCACACCUCGGCCUUGUGCAACGCUUGUCGCAUCGCUUCAUCCAAGACAGCCAACCCCGUGGCCAAGAGGCACUUUGUCCAGUCAGCCAAGGAGGUCGCCAACAGCACUGCCAACCUGGUGAAGACCAUCAAGUCUGCUAUUUGGUCCCAGGGCUCCCAAGCGCAGGAACCCAUCCUGGUCUCAGCCAAGACCAUGCUGGAAAGCUCAUCAUACCUCAUCCGCACUGCCCGAUCGCUGGCUAUCAACCCCAAAGACCCGCCCACCUGGUCCGUGCUGGCUGGCCAUUCCCACACCGUGUCUGACUCCAUCAAGAGCCUCAUCACCUCCAUCAGAGACAAGGCCCCUGGGCAGAGAGAGUGUGACUACUCCAUUGAUGGCAUCAACCGCUGCAUCCGGGACAUCGAGCAGGCCUCCCUGGCAGCUGUCAGUCAGAGUCUGGCCACAAGGGAUGACAUCUCUGUGGAGGCCCUACAGGAGCAGCUGACUUCAGUGGUGCAGGAAAUUGGACACCUCAUUGACCCAAUCACCACAGCAGCACGGGGAGAAGCAGCGCAGCUGGGACACAAGGUCACACAGCUGGCAAGCUACUUCGAACCCUUGAUCUUGGCUGCAGUUGGUGUUGCCUCCAAGAUUCUUGACCAUCAGCAACAGAUGACAGUGCUGGACCAGACCAAGACCCUGGCAGAAUCUGCCCUGCAGAUGUUGUAUGCAGCCAAGGAAGGUGGCGGGAACCCCAAGGCGCAGCACACACACGACGCCAUCAUGGAGGCUGCCCAGCUCAUGAAGGAAGCUGUGGAUGACAUCAUGGUGACGCUCAACGAAGCAGCCAGUGAAGUGGGGCUUGUAGGAGGCAUGGUGGACGCCAUAGCAGAAGCCAUGAGCAAGCUGGGAGAAGGCACGCCUCCAGAACCAAAGGGAACAUUUGUGGACUAUCAGACGACUGUGGUGAAGUACUCCAAAGCCAUUGCGGUAACAGCUCAAGAAAUGAUGACUAAGUCGGUUACUAACCCGGAGGAGUUGGGCGGACUGGCUUCACAAAUGACCAGUGACUAUGGGCACCUGGCCCUCCAGGGCCAGAUGGCAGCGGCUACGGCGGAGCCAGAGGAGAUUGGAUUCCAGAUCCGGACUCGGGUGCAGGAUCUGGGCCACGGCUGCAUCUUCCUGGUGCAGAAGGCCGGGGCCCUCCAGGUGUGUCCCACGGACAGCUACACCAAGCGGGAGCUGAUCGAGUGUGCCCGCGCCGUCACAGAGAAGGUGUCCUUGGUACUGUCUGCUCUCCAGGCCGGGAACAAGGGGACACAGGCAUGUAUCACAGCUGCCACUGCCGUGUCUGGGAUCAUUGCCGACCUGGAUACCACCAUCAUGUUUGCAACCGCAGGGACCCUGAAUGCAGAGAACAACGAGACCUUCGCGGAUCACAGGGAGAACAUUUUGAAGACAGCUAAAGCCUUGGUUGAAGAUACAAAACUACUGGUAUCCGGGGCUGCAUCCACCCCAGAGAAGCUGGCCCAGGCGGCCCAGUCCUCAGCAGCCACCAUCACUCAGCUCGCCGAGGUGGUCAAGCUGGGGGCAGCCAGCCUGGGCUCCGAUGACCCUGAGACACAGGUGGUCUUGAUCAAUGCCAUCAAAGAUGUAGCCAAGGCCCUUUCGGAUCUCAUUGGUGCUACCAAGGGAGCUGCCAGCAAGCCUGCUGAUGACCCCUCCAUGUACCAGCUCAAGGGGGCAGCCAAGGUGAUGGUGACCAAUGUUACCUCACUCCUCAAGACUGUGAAGGCAGUGGAGGACGAGGCCACACGAGGCACACGGGCACUGGAGGCCACGAUCGAGUACAUCAAGCAGGAGCUCACGGUGUUCCAGUCAAAGGAGAUUCCUGAGAAGACAUCAUCACCUGAAGAAUCCAUAAGAAUGACGAAAGGCAUCACCAUGGCGACAGCCAAAGCUGUGGCAGCUGGGAACUCGUGCAGACAGGAGGACGUGAUAGCCACCGCCAACCUGAGCCGGAAGGCAGUGUCAGAUAUGCUGACGGCCUGCAAGCAAGCGUCCUCCCACCCAGAUGUCAGCGAAGAGGUACGUACCAGAGCCCUGCGGUACGGGACAGAGUGCACCCUGGGGUACUUGGACCUCCUGGAGCACGUGCUGGUGAUUCUUCAGAAGCCAACCCCAGAACUCAAGCAUCAGUUGGCGGCUUUCUCCAAGCGCGUCGCAGGAGCGGUCACCGAGCUCAUCCAGGCAGCAGAAGCUAUGAAAGGGACAGAAUGGGUGGAUCCUGAAGACCCAACCGUCAUUGCAGAAACGGAAUUACUGGGGGCUGCAGCAUCCAUUGAGGCUGCUGCGAAGAAGUUAGAACAACUGAAGCCAAGAGCAAAGCCCAAACAAGCGGAUGAGACGUUGGAUUUUGAAGAACAGAUCUUGGAAGCUGCUAAAUCUAUUGCUGCUGCUACGAGUGCCCUGGUCAAAUCGGCCUCAGCAGCCCAGAGGGAGCUGGUUGCCCAAGGAAAGGUCGGUUCCAUCCCUGCCAAUGCUGCGGAUGACGGACAGUGGUCUCAGGGGCUUAUUUCUGCUGCCCGGAUGGUGGCGGCAGCAACCAGCAAUCUCUGCGAAGCAGCCAACGCCUCUGUUCAGGGUCACGCCAGCGAGGAGAAGCUCAUCUCAUCCGCCAAGCAGGUCGCCGCUUCCACGGCUCAGCUGCUUGUGGCCUGCAAGGUGAAGGCCGAUCAGGAUUCGGAGGCCAUGAGGCGGCUACAGGCGGCAGGCAAUGCUGUGAAAAGGGCCUCAGACAAUCUUGUUCGUGCCGCCCAGAAGGCAGCAUUUGGCAAAACUGAUGAUGAUGAUGUGGUCGUGAAAACCAAAUUUGUAGGAGGCAUUGCUCAGAUCAUUGCUGCCCAGGAGGAAAUGCUCAAGAAAGAACGAGAACUGGAAGAAGCAAGGAAAAAACUGGCCCAGAUCCGCCAGCAGCAGUAUAAAUUCUUGCCCACUGAACUUAGAGAAGAUGAGGGUUAA